AUGACGUUGGGUUCAAAAUUUCGACCUUAUGGUCAAAAUGAAACUCUUAUUUCAUCCAUUCGCAAUAUCAUAAAGAAUUCCUUCAGAAUGAUAGCCGAUGAUGCUGGUGCUAAAAGGUUUCACGUAAUCGUUGAUGAUCGCUCACACCCUACCAAAUCUUUAAUUU